AGGCAUUUCACAUUUGGAAGAAACUUUAAGCCGUUUUGUGGAUGAAUUUGCGUUUUGUCGGUGAUACAUAGACAUUCAGGAUGGUUCAGUUCGCCAUACGGAUGCCUCAGACUGAGGGCGGCUGUCCUGAGUGGACCAUGGUGGAGCUACAGGGAGUACUGGAGACCAGGGACAGCAGUGGGCUGCCUGGAAACAGGCUAGGAGACCUGCACUUUACCAAGGGGGGGCAGCCGAUCUUGCUGAUUGGUCACCACGUGCUUCAUGGGAAGGUGGUGGAGUUGGAGAAACCGUUUGCUGUUCUGGUCAAGGAGAAGGAGAAGGAGAAGAAGGAUGAUUCCACUGACAGUAUGGACACGGGGGAGUCAGCAGACACUGUGACAUGCUCAGACUAUCUCGUGAAGGCGGUUAUCAGGAACAAACUGGUGUUCAAGAACAGACCCAGGCCAAUUAUCAACCUUACACACAAGAAGGGACACUAAAAAAAAUGUAGUAAUUUCUUACAACUUGUAAUGUUAAAAUGCUUUGUCUACAUGUAUCAUGAGUAGGCUUUCAACAGCAAAUCUUUAUCAAACAAUGGAAUAUAAUAAGGACAAUGGUUACAUCACUACUGUACACAGAUUCUGAAGCAAAGCUGAGCUGUAAUUUUCACCACUGAGUCAUGUGUUCUGUCUGCAUAACAUGACAUCACAGAAACAAACACACACAAAUAAACAACACACUGAAGAUAAUACCUCGAUAUCCAGAGGUAAAAAAUACUUGACAAUUCAUGCA